UAACGUCUGCUGAAUUUCUUGUUUACAAGUGUAAAAUUUUUAUACCUGCCUAAUUGGACUUGUUUUUUUAUCGCUGCUCCAUUUUAAAUAAUUGUAGUCAAUGUGUCAGAAUCAUAUAUAAACUUGUUACUUAUUUUUAACGUGUACUCUGUGUAUAUCUUCAAAUACACAAGGUAACACUUGUAGAAUGAUGGGGAAAAGAAGAAAUAACCCUACAACAGCAUGUAAACUCAAGAAAAAAAUGACAAAAGAACAAAUGCAAUUGGCGAUUAUAAAAAAAAAAGAGUGUGAUGCAAAAGCUUUGACAAUUGUUGAACAGUUAUUGGAACCUGUUGUUGAUCCUGCUUGGCUUAUAGAAAAUUUAAAAGAUAUUAAUAGAUGUCAUAUGGAAGAUGUCAUAGAAGAACGGGCAAUUGUAAAACUUUGUGGGUAUGUGCUUUGUCAAAAACCAUUAACUGUUGUCUACAAUCAACGUUAUCACAUUUCACUGAAAGACAAAAAAGUUUACGAUGUUACAAAAAGGAAAAAUUUCUGCAGUUCAAGUUGCUUUAGUGCAUCAAAUUAUUUACUAGAACAAUUGCUAACAAGUCCUCUUUGGUUAAGGGAUAAUGAAGAAAUUCCCAAAUUCAGAAUUUUUGACAAAGAAAAACAAAGUUUAAAAAAUUUUUCUAUUGAUACUCAUGGGAAAGAAGUGGAUAUUGCUAAUGCUAAAAAUACUGAUCAGGAAGAUGCACUAUAUAAUAUUAAAUCACAAGAUUCCACUUUCAAUAAAGAUAGUCAAUCAAAAACUAAAGAACUACAGAUUGAAGCAGUAAAAGAAAUAUCAAAAUGCACUGAAAAUUUUGUUCUAGAAACUGUGCAAAAUUUUGAAUUGAAAGACUUAGAUACUACUGUUAAUAAAUCUGUUCCACCAAAGAAUUAUCAAAAUAACAAUACGAAAGUAACAACAAAAAUCAAAGAUGUUGAAACUAGUAAGGAAGCGGAUGGAAAGACAUUGCAAACAAAUGAAGGAUUCCAUAUACAUGUUGAGAAAUAUAAAAAAGAUAGAAUAAUGAAAAACAAAAUAAAAUUAGAAACAGGAAUAAUCAGCAAUAUUCAUGUCACAGAAAAAGACAAAAAUACAUGUAUAGAUAAUAUUAUACAGCAAAGCAUCAAUCCCAUUAAAAAUAAAACAAAUGAUUUAAAUAAUGAAUGCUCUAACAUUUUAACGAAAAAGCAGAUUGAAAGUGAAGAUGUAAUCGAACAGACUUCAUACCCAGUGAAAGACAGAUUUAAUGAAAUUUCUUCUAAUUCAGAUGAUCAAUACGAUUUGACGGUAGCACAAGGCAAAGAAAUUGAUAAACUUCCCCGUCAUUGUACAUCAAAGACUACUAAAAAGAGAAAACAAAAAGCAUGUGAAAAACUUACAGAUAUUAAUCUAGCUGCUAGAGUAGAAGAAAGUUUACACGAAUGGAUCACUGAUCAAACUGUAGAUUACCUGUUUAAAGACGAAUCUGUUAAGAAAAAAGUGAUUAACGCGAUUGAAAUACAAGAAAACCAUAGAAUUUUGUGCGGGAAGUUAGAUCGUUUACAAGUUCAAGAAGAAAGAGAAGACGCCGAAAUAUUAGGAAGAACUGCAUUAAAACCAGCGCCCCAUUUUGCUGUAUUGAAAGAGGAAGGACAGAAACUUAAUUUAAAAGUUCAUGCUUUUUACGAAGGGAAAACUAAUUUUGAGGAGCCGCCAAAAUUUGACGAAGAUGAAGGAACGUCUGGUAAUACAGAUACUUUUUUACCGCUUACUGAUACUCAUGCACCUCAAAUUCUGCGACGUAAAAUUUUUUUAGAAAAGUUAGAUCAAGUACUUCCAGAUCUUCUUAAAACUUUAGCUGGUAACAAUGACAUGUAUGCAAGGGCAAGCUUAAAUUACAGCAGUGUCAGGUGUGCACCUGUUAAAGCUCUAGUAUCCACAUUUUCUUUAUCUGCUAAAAAUAUUAUUUUUAAAACAGCAGAAUGGACUCUGAUUGGUCUUGUCAUUAUAAAAAUGCUCAGUUUAUCCGAUCCCUAUCUUGCAAGUUUACUGUCGACAAAGCAAGCUAACUUGUAUAUAUCAAUGAUUUUAACUGCAUACAAAUUGAAUUCGGAUUAUUUAAAUCUUCUUGUAACAUCCUUUAAUCCAAACAUCAAUCCAAGGUAGCACAAUGUCUGAAGUCCAUGUUGUAAAAUAUAAAUUAAUCAAUAUUUAUUAAUAUAAAGAUAGUUUUGUACUUUUAACAAUUGUUGUACAAUAUUUUUUCCUGUCACUCAAAGUAGAAUGCGUAAGUGC